GAGGGCUUCCAGAUACAUGUAUUAGUUACAUAUUGAUUCGUAAUUUGCAUCUAUGAUAUGACAUAUACUAUUUGCACUAAAAGCCCUACUGACCACUCAGGUGAAGUCAACUGGAACCACGGACAUGCAUGGACAUUGAGAGAGCCAUGUGUUGUCCCAAUUCGUUAAACCUAAGGUCAGGCCAUUUCUCUCCAGUGGGUUAAGCUGUUUAACUACUGUGAAGAUUGUUGACAAUAAGUUAGAUUAUAACUCAUGCCAUUUUAAACACAUUUCAACAUACAUGUUGUGCUUUAUAUAUUUUGCUACAAAGUUUUUAUUGUGAACAAGUUGACCGUGAUCAGCUGUUCCUUGACUACAGUUGGUUCAAUGAAGUUAUCAUCAAAGGUAGCGUAUUUUUUUGCACAUUUUGUAUAGAUUUUCUCUCAGAAAACUCUAAUGCAGAUCAUUUUGAAGUGAUCUCUUGUUUUGCAUGCCGUAUUCAAAGCCUGAUUGAUUUUUGUGUAAAAGAGAAGAGAGCAGGUCAGAUGCAUUUUUUCAUCGAUGCCAGCUUGAUUCGCUCGCCCACUAAUCGAUACUGCUGCACAGUUAUCUGGGAGUUAUGAAUCAGAACUUUGGUAACUCCGCAUGCGAAGAGUGCAGGGCAGUUUUCAUAAAUGGACUGAUAAUUAUUGAAUACUAAUCAUGCAGUUCAUUCUUUGACCUAAUUAUUGAUAUUUGAUUGCAUUAUUGUUGUUUAAGGUCAGGAUUUCUGUGCUUGUGGAGGCUAUAGAGAGAAUUACAUAACUUGCCUGUUGAUGGCACAGAAACCGUGUGUCAGUUCAAUGAUUGCUUGUUGGUGGUGGCGUGAGGGGUAAGGAGGAAUCUUCUUAGUGCGGAUAACAGAUUACACAACGAGACUCUCUGUGGCUGAAGAAGCAGUAGUUUGAGAAUGUCAGAGAGGUAGCCAGAUGAGGUCAGACAUCCUGUGGACAUUUUGGUACACCUGUUCUAGGAUUUCACCUGGGUUUGUCGACAGAUAUGAUGUCACAAACUUUGGUGGAGACAGUGUCCAUUAAUUAUGAGGAUUUCAAUGACAGUUUCCUGACCUGUGGCACUUGUCUGUGUAUCUACGACGCAGUGGAACACUCUCCCAAACUCCUGCCAUGUUCCCACACUGUCUGUAAGAACUGCCUGGAGAGAAUUGUAGAGGCUCAAGUCCAUGACACCGGCUACUUCCGAUGUCCAAUUUGUCGGGAACACAUUGGCGUACCUCGCGGCGGUGUGGUUGCCUUUCCGCCUAGUUACAUCGUGAACCAGUUGUUGGACUUGAUGCAGCAGCAGAGAAGGGACGUGAUUCCGAAGUGUUCAACACAUUCCAACCAAGAGCUGCUAUUCUGUGAGACGUGUGACUCGGUGUUUUGUACACAGUGUAGCGGAGGUCAACAUAACGGCGCGGGGGCUAGUCAGCACACUGUGAUUCCGUUCUCUAUUGCAAUCAAAAGGAUGUCCGAGAUACUACUGUACAAAGCACACCUCUGUAUUAAUAAUCUCAACCAUGCUUAUGACAAUGUGUCAGCUGAAAUGCAGCUGUUAGAAAACUCUGUUGAAAAGACUGUGGAAUCCAUCAACAGAUCAUUCCAAGAUAUUAUUGCCAUGGUGGACAAGCGGAGGCAUGACUGCUUACAGUGGGUGCGCAAAAUACGAGAGGACAAGCGCAAGAUUUUGCGUGAACAACUUGAUUUGAUCCAGGGUGAAAAAGACCAGGUUCAGAGCGAGUGUGAUGGACUCCAGUUCCAAGUGGAAGUCCGAAACAUCACAAAGAAAAUUGGAGAUCUCAAUGAAAAACUAGAUGCAACAAACACAUUAUCUGAACCCAGAGAAAACUCAUUCAUGAAGUACGAAUUCAGGCACAAUAAUUCGAUUAAAGAAAUCAGCAAAGCUCUGAAUGAGUUUGGCCGAAUUAACACAAGUACCACAUUUCCUGCAUUGUGUUCAGCUAAAGCAGGGGAAGCAAUCUCCCACCUCAAGUCUUCUAUGGUCAUUCACACUGUUGAUUACCAUGGCAACCCCAGGACCACUGGUUCUGACCCUGUAUGUACAGAGGUUCGCACCGAGAAAGGCGAGCUAGUGGAAUCCAAAGUUCGAGACUCGGAUGAUGGGUCGUAUGAAGUGCAAUAUGUCCCGCCAAGGGCAGGAAAGAUUAAAGUCUUUGUCAGUAUUUUUAACAGACCCAUUAAAGGAAGUCCAUACAUUGUUGAUGUCUCCGAUCACAUAAAUCCAGUAUGGAAAUUAGGAUCUCGUGGGAAGGGGGAGGAGAAUUUUGUUCAGCCGGUUAGGGUGGUGUUGGAUAGUGAAGGGACUCUGUUUGUUUCUGAUACGGGUAAUAGCAGGAUUAAAGUCAUCAGCAGUGCUGGUGAUGUCCUCAGACAUAUUGGCCCCGUGGGUCUGGAGAAUCAGGGUGGGACCGGUCUGGCCUUGACCCCAGAUGGCAACAUAGCCAUAGUAAACUGGAGGACCAAGACUGUCUCCAUAGUAACCAAAGAAGGUGAGCUAGUCAACAAAUUUACCAGCUCCGAUUUUCAGGAGCCUACUGAUAUCGCUGUCAACAGCAAAGGGGAGAUCAUUGUGGCUGACAAUGGUGCCAACAAGAUGUUGAUGUUUGAUGCUCGUGGGAAACCCCUCACUUCUUUUGGGGGCAAGGGUGAUAAAGAUGGACAGUUUAAGCUCAUUUGUGCCAUAGCUAUUGGCAAGUGUGAUGAAAUACUAGUCGCUGACAACAGAAUCCAGAUUUUUAGCAGGGAUGGCAAGUUUUCACGCAUGAUUCCAGAUCAAAAGAAGGGACAGUAUAGCGGUCUAGUUGUGGAUGCUGGCGGACACAUCCUAGCCACAAAAACGGAGAAAGGGAAGAGCUUCGUACAAGUGAUGAACUCGAGCGGGAAGGUGAUGUUCUGUAUAGACAGCAACAGUGACAGGCUGAAGCGUCCCAGCGGCCUGGUGAACACCCCGGAUAACCAUGUUUAUGUAGUAGACCUGGGCAAUGACUGCUUGAAGAAAUAUCGAUACAGAUAGGCUUCCCUUCUUCCAGAUGUUGAUCCCAACAGGUCAUGUGAUAAAACCAAAAAAAAUCCAUUCCUGCGUCAGGAAGAACAAAACCAAACAACGUAGAGACAGACAAAAAAUUGUGCAAUGUUUCCAUGGAAACUGGAGACGGUUCAGACUCGGUGUAAAGCAAAACUUGUGUGCUAUGUGGAUUUCUACGUGGCACUUUUUUUUUUAUUAUUGAAGAUAAUGUAAUCAAUGUAAAGUUUGUUAAGCUUGCAUGUAUUCCAAAAAACCAAGAAGUGUAUUAUCAAUAUCAAAAAGGUAGAUACUUACAGGUAUACCAAGCAUACUGUACAUUAGAAUAAAAACUGAGAACAGUGAACUUGAUACAUUUUGUUUUAGUGUCAACAGCGUUAUGGACAAUCAGUUCUGUUAUUAAGUAUUAUGGCUUCAAUAAUCCUCAUAAUUCAUCAAGUUCCAAACUUCCAUCUUAGCUUGUCAAGGUCUGUACAGCAACUUUUGUUGGAACCUCUCUAUUCUGACCCCUGUGAACUCUGAAACACUGUCACUCAAGUGCUAAAACUACAAAAAUUGGAUUAUCCAACAGUCUAUUCAUUCCAGCUCAGACUUUUGUUUCCAAGAGCACAGAUCAGACUAGUCAGGUUUCAGUGUAACUGCUUAUUAGCCUAACAGUGCCAUCUUAUGCCAUCUUAUGCCAUGUGUAUACCCAAUGUAAUACUGUAUCAGGUUUUGCCAUCCUAUUCUAUAUGGUCUAUAUGUACAAACUGUCAACAUCUUUGUCUUACAGUUGUAUCAUUCUGUGUAAUGUAACAUUAUGUAACUGGACCGCUCUGUAUCAUCUCAUUGUAUGCAGUUCUAUGUGACAUGGAUGGGUAUUUUGAGAUAAGGAACAGCAAUCUUUGGAGUAACUUAAUGGUGGCAGGCAUUUGACAGGAUUUCUAUGUGGACUGAAAUCUCAUCGUCAAUGUCUGCCAUCAAUGUACAAGAAUCUCUAUACAGUAUACUGGAAAAUCUUUGCCUAAAAAUUUUUUAUUUCCACCUAUUUUUUUUUUAAUAUAAAAAGAAGCUACUGUAAUUUAAAAUUAUACUUAAAAGCUUCUAAAUUGAACUUAGUUUGGGAAAAUUUUGAACAAGGCAAAAUCUUUUACUAGCAUAAUUGAAUGAAAAUUGAGGAAUGGGGCAAAAAUUAUACCCAGUGUACUGUAUUUCUUUCUCCAUCUUAUUCUGUGAGUCUGGUGUAUAAGAUCAAUAUAUAAUGGUACUUUGUGUCUUUGUUUUAUAUAGAAUUAUAGAUAAUUAUUCUUUGAGGGGUUUCAAUUUACUGAAACACUGUGUACAGUUUAUUUACCUUGUGAUUUUUUUCAUUGAUGCUAAUCCAUUCUGACACUUUGCUGAACUGUAUAUGAAGCAUUUUUUUUUAACAGUGAUUUUCUAUGCAUUUGAAUGAAACAAAAAAUGAGAUCACUACAGUCUAGAGUCAACACCUGCAAUUUGUGAUAUGUGAAAGUGUUUAUUAUAGUUAGGAUAAUUAAUUGGAGUACAUGUGUACUACAUACUAGUAGUUUUACCAAUAUGUGAAACAAUGGUAGUUAGUACAAGUUUUACCAACAUUGUGAGAAAGAAAUAGCCUGCAACAAAAGUGAUUCCUUCUUGUACUUUAAUUGUUAAAAGAGUCUUGAUUCUGUUUAUUUUUUCCAUUGAUGGCAUGAAUAAAUGAGUGAGUAAAAAGAUGUUUGAAUAUGUAAAAAAAUCAUUUUCCAGUCUGUACAUAACAUUAAUUAAAAGUGUAUAUCCCAGAAAACGUGGGAAACCAUCAGAUAUAAAUAUGAUCUAUAAAGGAUAUGACAGCUGUUAUGAGCCAUGACAGGGAGACAAGUAGUCUGUUAAUGAUUGAGAUUAGGUAUUUCAUCUGUACAUUUCGAUCAAUAAUGAUUGAAUUCUUGCAGUGAGGUACAUUUUUAAAAAUGUAAUGUUUUCUGGUGUAUAUAUACUGAUUUCUCAUUCAAUUUUUUUUACGACUACAGUAGUUUUUUUUUAGAUAAACUGUUUGUCUGGGUUUUUGAAAGAAUUUAUGAAACUUUUUAAGGUUAUUUUUCUUAAUAAGAUUUUUAAUUUAGAUAUUAAAUUUGAAUGAGAGUGCUUUAGAGAGGUUUACUUGAACUAUUUGUCCAGUGUUUAUAUAGCUGUGUUUGGCAUGAAAAAUGGCAUAUGAUUUUAUUAUGGAAAUGUGUGAAAUUGUAGACAACAAAACUUUGUGUUCGUCAUAUGUUUGCUUUCUGUAGCAUAUUGUCGAUGUGAAUGUAAACUGCCUUGACAAAGUUAUGUUCAUGUUAUUCAUGAUUUUACACAAGAAAAAUAAAAACAGUAGUCAUUAUGAUGCAAAUACA